AAGGAAACGCGGAAGUGGCUCAAAACAUUGUUCCAUCGGGCUCUCCGUAGAACAAACCUGCUACAGUGUUUUCACACAUUUCUCACAGUUGGCUCUCGGCGUCGUCUAAAUUCACUCAUUUGCAAGAGCUUGUGAGAUGGCUCUCGGUGAGAGAUGAGUCAGAGCCAAAACAUAUGACCGACUGAGAAUCUCACAAGCAGCAGGUCGAUUGUGGCCUGUUAUCUUGCUCAACAGAUUUCACGAAGUGUGACCCAUGCUUUCUGAUGAGCUUGACUCCAAACCUGAGCUGCUGGUGCAGUUUGUACAGAACGCGUCUAUUCCUCUGGUGGAGGGUCUGGAAGACGCCGAGUCCAAGCAUCCCUGCCUGCCUCUGCUGGCUCCGCCUGAGAACUCGCUGUGCAGCCCGCUGGAGCUGACAGAUGGUGGCCUCAGCCAUGAGCCGGACAGUUCUCCCUCGCUGUCAGAUUUCGGGGGUGCUUCAGAGCGAAGCCCCCUGGUGGCCCAAACACACUGCCAACCACGGGGCUCCCCCAGCCCCCCGCCUAUUCUCCAUGACCUGCAACAGUCAGACAGUACCUCCUACGUCCUGCUGAACCUUGCAAAAGGCAUCACAGCCUCCUCCGAGUCCCUGAUCUUCGCUGCAGAUGGAGCCGGUGAGGAUGAUGAUGAGGGGGUCUCAUCGGGGGACUACGGGAUCGAUGGCAGCGCUCCAUGGUAUCUGCGGGUACAGGAGCUGGCACACGACAGCCUAAUUGCCGCCACGCGGGCACAGCUUGCCAGGGACGCCAAGGCGAGCCAGGACGCCAGAGCUGCAAGUGUCAAUAACAGUGACAACACACACAGUUUCACAUCAGAUGGGGAAAAGCGAGAGUUGCCGUCUCUGACCAGCCGCGCGCUCUCCAAGCAGAUCCUGCGCUGCUCGUUUGAGGGCUGCUGCAGGACCUUCACCUGGCCGGCUCAUCUCAAAUACCAUCUGAAAACGCACAGGAACGACCGAACAUUCAGAUGCGGUGCAGAGGGUUGUGGGAAGAGUUUCUACGUGCUGCAGAGGCUGCAGGUUCACAUGAGGACUCACAACGGCGAGAAGCCCUUCAUCUGCAAAGAGAACAACUGUGGCAAGAAGUUCACCACCGCCGGAAACUUGAAAAACCACAGACGCACACAUACAGGAGAGAAGCCCUUUCUGUGUGAAACAGAUGGUUGUGGGCGAUCAUUUGCCGAAUACUCAAGUCUACGGAAACACAUGCUUGUACAUUCUGGUGAAAAGCCCCAUCAUUGUGGGAUCUGCGGAAAGACCUUUUCCCAGUCUGGCAGCAGAAAUGUCCACAUGAGGAAGAGACACGGAGAGGAGGGUCUCAGCAGUGAAAGCAGAGAAACAGGAGAGGCUCUGACCCACAGCAGUCUGCUGGAGGCAGAUGGGGAGACUGGGGACAGUAUGGUCACCAUGACAACAACAGUAGAACCCAUGAAUCUUCACCACGCUAUGCUGAGAGCUCCAGGCUCUGCAGACUCUGUGGUGGUUCUCUCUCAGCCACAUGAACUGGUGACUAUGACAACCGAGGCACACGCGUAUGGAGAAGAUGUGGUGGCGCUGCUGUAGUCUAUCAUGAAAAUGUCACACACUGCCCAUUUCAACAGCACUACGAGUCAGUCAGAUGAGUGGACUAAAAUACAUUUAUCUUUUGUAAAUAGGUUCAUCAUUCACUUUCACCACUGUAGAUAUCUGUAAUUAGCAGCCAACAAUGGUUUUAUUUUGAAAUGUGUGAAAUGCUAAAGUUUGUACAAAACAACCUUUUCCUCAAGUUUUUGAAAACAAAUGCUCCCAAAGAAAUAGAGACGGGUGUAACAAAAAAUAACUUUUAUGACAGUAUGACCGCACAUUGUUACCUGCAUUUCCAGUGUAAUGCAAGUUUGAGGUUGCCUCAUGCAAAACGAGUGCCAUUUAUCCUUACCCAGAAGUUCAGUGGCUGACAAAAUAAUUGACAAAACUAUAUUCAAUUUGGAAUCUACCAGACAUGUUUUCCCCUCUACACUCUACUAACACAAACAUGACAAUAAGAGAACUGCUAAGGCACAGCCUAUCACACCGCUGCAUGGACACACUUGUCUUGCACAGCACAACUAGCCUGACGGGCCAGGCCUGCGCUCCAAUGUUGAUCACAGCGUCAGCGUCAACUAUGGGACACUCUGGCACGCAGGGCUGUAGCACAGCACAACAAAUCUUUGUGUCAAACAAUUGUGUAUGCAGUAAUGCUGGCAGCUACACUGACAGAAUAUGUUAUUGGUAACAGUUCCAGUGUUUCAGCUGGUGCAAGCUGCUCUUAGGGCUGGGCGAUAUAUCCAUAUUGCAAUAUGAGAGCAAACAGGUUUUCCUACUUUUAAAAAGCUACAUUUCAAUGAAGGGUGUGAUUUUCUGAACUUAUUAGGCUGCUAUAGCUGUUCUAUAGUUUGCUUCUACCUGCUGUCAUAAUAUCUGCAUUAUUAAUGAUUGUCAAAAAUCUUUUGUGUAAAUAUCUUAAGGCACCAUUAGUCAUCCUUACCAUGUCGAUAUUGAGGUAUUCACUGAAAGAUGUCACUUGUUUCUAUCCAUAUCGCCCAGCCCUAGGUAUUUGUUUGCAGUUCAAUAUAUUAACACUUGAGAAUAAUUAAUUAAAAAACAAGAAUCAUUCAUGAGGUUAGCUACAACCUUUUGAAACAAACAGCAAAUUUUUUGAGUGAUGAGAUAAGGCAGUGAACAAUACUCUGUGCGUUUCUUAUUGAGCAGCACUUAAGUCAGCAGUAUUCACUCCUCAGUGGAUCUUCAGGUUGCGGAAGUGGUCGAACGUGGCGCCUAAAGCCCAGCUGGCCUCCACGUUGUUCACUUUCUUGGUCAACUAGGAGGGGAAAAAAACACCAAAUCACUCAAAUGCCUUUUUGUAUUUAUUGAAAUAAAAAAAAAAAAA